AUGAGGAAGAUGCUAAGCAUCCUCUCAUAUUCCAAUCGCCUUAUAAGUAGAUGUUGAAUUUCUCCAUUUGUCAUUCAACCACCGUCCUUCAAACGGUAGAGAAAUGUGUAGUGCACUGAAAAUAUUGGUUUGUGUUGCCUCAGUUUUGGCUUUGACGGUAGCGACAAAUGAGCGGAGAAAGAGGGAUUACUAUGAUCUGUUGAGCUCAAACCCUUGGCAAUCACCAACCAGUUAUGGAUUUCGACCGACCAGCAAUUAUUACAACCUACCAAGUACCAAGAUCUCUAGGGUGAACAACUAUAAUCCAUACGGCGACGGAAGGAACUUACAAGGGAACCAGAUCAGAAAUUCAGGACAAUCUUCUGAUCUAUACAGCGUUAGGGAACAAAAUUCAGACUGGAUUCCCAUUAAUACCAAUUCGAACCAGCAAUACAACGAUGGAAGAUACGGUCAGGGCAGGAAUACCAAUUCGAACCAGCAAUACAACGAUGGGAGGUACGGUCAGAGCAGGUUACAGAAACAAAGGAUCAAUGCUUACAACACAAUCCGAUCAAAUCCCUCGCUCAACGUCGAAGAACAGAUCUUGAAUGGGAGAACUGGACAAAGACAACCAAAUUAUUCAGUGCAAAUCAGGGGCGGACAAAUAAAUCCACAGGUUUUGAGGGCCAUCAAUGCUAAACUGGCUCAGUCCAAUCAAGUUCCAGAACAAACUCAGGUGUAUAGGACCAUAAACCAAGGGUCUAGACCUCGUGGUUACCCUAGGCAAUCUGCUAAUCUCAACAGAGAAGUCUUUAAUCCUAUUUACACCACUAGAGCGAGUCCACUACCCCUUGCUAUAGAAGGCCAGUUUUUGGGAAAGAAUUACCAGGGAGAAAACCAAAGAUAUCCAGUCCCUCAGAGUAAUCAGCCUAUUGACGUAAUCAACCAGCAAGCUUUGAAAAAUUUGAUCUCAUCCAACGAACUCCCUAUAGUUGAAGGAAGAAUUUUGGGAUUGAACGUUCAGCGAGAGGAAAGUUUGGAACAGAAGGCGAAUGAUCUAAUCAAUCAGCAAAAUCUGAGGGCCAUAAACGAUGGACAAAUUCUGGGUGCAAAUAAUCAGAAAUCGCCCGGUUAUGCUGUGGAAGAGAUUACUGAACCUGAAGAUGUAUUGAACCAACAGGGGUUGAGAGGAAUCAACAAUGAACAAUCUAAUCAAGUUUACGCUCAAAAACUUCAGGAAGAAAGGUUGGCAGCUCAAGUUGCACCAGAACAAAAUGUGCAGUUGAGAAUUGUAAACCCAGAAAAUGUGAUUAGGUCUGAGGAAUCCCAAGAGGCUCGCUUGAGGAAUUACAUCCAACAAAAUAAUCCAUCAGUGUAUUAUGGACAAAGAAUCCGUCCAAGAGGAAAUGAAGAAAGUUAUCGUCAUACACUAGCACUGAUCAACUCUAACCAAGAGUACAGACCUAACCAACCCAUUGUCCAAGAAAACGUUAUUGGCAACAUUGUAAGACCACAGCUUAUCCAAUCAAGACCUCAAAUAUUGAAAGCGAUCACUCCCAAUGAAGGUUUGAAUAACAAUAUUAGAUUCUCACAACAAUUACCUAGAUCGUACAAUUCAUACCCAUUGUUGCGUUCUAACCAAGCUUCAAACGAUGAAUGGAGACAAGAAAGGCUGCCAGCACAAUUGGAUAACCUAAGAAGCGCUGGAGAAUCCAACGGUAAUCAACUCGAAGCAGAUUCUUAUCUACCACAGCAAGCAAACAACCAAAACGGCGAAAACCAGCGACCAAAUGUCUACAGUUACGCUGAGCUCACAGCUAAAAUCUGGAAGGUGAUCAAAUCUAACCCUGAGAUGAUGUCGAACCUGGAUAAUCUGAGGGAUCAACUUUUGAACGAGAGGAACUCUAGAAAUGAUCAGAUAAGGGAACUCAGAGGUUUGUUGGAAGAAGCUCGUAAGUACAGAAACUCAGGGGUUAACUCAGGAGUACAAACGUUGGAACAACAGGAACGUAAUGAGUUUCUUGGAGAUCUUAUUGACACGAUGAACAAGAAUGAAGAGACCUCAAAUUCACCCGAUUUACGUAGACAAUUAACAUACUUGGGAAACAAUGGACAGAGGGAAAACAGAUAUACCGUACGUCCUUCUGAUGUCAACCCCCUCAUCAAAAACAUCCUGUUCGCUACAGCCAGAAACAAUGGAACUCAGACCUCCAACGCCCCAUCAGUUAAACCAGCAGGAAUUAUUGUCCGACCAAGCUCAAAUAUCCCUCUGCCUCAGCUAGAGGUUGCUGAGCCGUAUGGUUUAGAACAGCUGGAUCAUCAUUACGAUUUGACUCAAUGGAAGCAAAUCACCGAGUCGCUCAAAGGCAAUCCUUUUUUGCAACAAUAUAAUAUAUUGGAGCAUUUAGUUUGAUAUGUUCAUAGCAAUUUAGUUUUGUUGUGCUUAUUUGCUGUGAUAUUGUUGGUUUUGUGUUUUUCUUAUUGAAAUAAAUUGGUUAUUGUUCAAUCAAA